UCAAAGGUUUGAUCAGUUGCGCUUCACAAUAUAGCGAAUAUAUCUCACCUCAUCGCGCUUUUCAGUUAUGGAAAUUAAGAUAAAAGAGAUAAUAAAUCGAUUAUGAGAUUAACGAACAGACCUUGGAGUCACAAUGUAUUUCACCUCAAAGUCAAUGCAUAACACAUUCUAAAAAUCAAUUGCUAGCAGCAUCGACCUCUGACGCUAUGGCCGCAUGGAUUUUUAAUUAACCAACUACGUUUUCGAUAGCUGGGUUUACAGGAUUAUGAGGUUACAUUUGGACGGGUUGAUCUUUAUCCACGUGAGUAUAUGGUUCACAUCUUAAAACAAAACAAACCUCAAGUGAUAUCGGUGACAUAUUUGAGUACAUCUGCAGUUAAUCAAUUAACAAUUUAAUGGACUUUAAUGAAACUUUCAUCUGGCAAAUUUCGUAAUAAACAACUCCUAAUUGACAUCAAUUAUUCCUAUAUACACCGCCUAUUAAAACAAGUUAUCCUCCUCUCACAAACACGGCUUAGCUAGUAAUUAAUGGCAACGAACAAUCAUUAUUAUGCCUUAUCUCCAUUAUUGAUGGAAGUGGUUUGCCAUUUUCAGCUAAGCCAGUCUAUAAUCUUUUAUUAAGAAUUGAUAUUCCAAUCAAUUUUUUGAUGGUGGUUUAUUUCAUCGGAUUGACUGCUGACUAAGGAAAACACAAUUCAAGCAUUAGUGUGUGUUUGCAACUGUGAUCGGAGAAGAGAGAGAAGUCAACGGAUAUCGACAUGGAGUACAAUCAUCUUGACGACGUCUACGACGUCGAAAUCUCAAAUAUUACCACAAAUUCGUCGUCCUAUUCUAGUAGUGCUUAUUCAUAUUCAAUCGACUACGUGUAUUGUCCGACGCUGACUGUUGAACGCGCCAAGGAUUUGAUAAAGACAUCAGCCCCCAUGUACACAAGUGGAGACAAGAUAUUCAUGGAGUUCGUGUUGCCGUUGUUGCUCUGCGUGGGGUUGGUUGGGAACCUCUUGUUCAUUUAUGUGGUAUGCAGCAUGUCUACAAUGCGCACAGCAACAAACUGGUGCCUGGCCAACUUAGCUGUUGCAGAUCUAGUGUUCCUGACCUUUGGCAUCGGUGAGAAGCUAUGGAUGUACCACCACUCUCCGUUUGUUAACGAUCGCUACUCGUUCGGUGAGUUCGGCUGCCCGGUCGUGUUCGCCAUCAUCGACGCGUCCUACUUCGCCGCGCUUUGUAUGGUGACGCUCGUGUCCAUGGAGCGGUACUACGCGGUAUGUCGUACUCAGAGCGCGCGUACUAAUACGCGCAAGUCCAUGUUCAUUGUUCUGGUGGUGCUGUCUUGGGUGAUAAGCAUCGGGAUAGCUGCGUCCUUCGUUCCUGCCUCGAACUUCAUCUGGAUCGGCUGUCGCGUAUGGCCGGACGUGGAACCGUAUAAAAACCUUCCCAUAUACAAGGGAUUCUGUAUAGCCUCCGAAGGAUUCGAGAAGUUUCCACUUUAUCUCAACAUCAUCAAAACCAUCCCGUUCUUUCUUCUGAUCUCCUUCAAUCUAUUCCUGUAUGUCUGCAUAGUGAGAAGUAUGAGUCGAGCCGUUCGUGAGACGCGCUUUGCAGGACGCGAAGACACGAAUCUUAAGCAACGCAACCAGGUAGCAGGCAUGCUCAUGGUCAACGGCCUGAUAUUCUUCAUCUGUUUAGUGCCCUUCGAGAUAUUCGGUAUCCUCAAGGCCAUCAACAUGAUUCGACCAGAGGAUUCACCCCUUGUUACUGAGAGCGUAACAGUUCCACUAAGGUAUACCUCCCAAACCAUGUCGUACAUCAACAAUGUGGUCAAUCCGGUGGUCUACAUAGGAUUGAGCAAGCGAUAUCGCGAUGCCUUCAAGAAGGCCAUCAUGUGCCGGAAACGUCCAGGCUAUUCCUCUCGGGUCAAGAGUAGAACCAGGUCGUCUACCACAACCAGUACGGCAUUGAGCGUACAUGUCAGCAGACCCGUUAAUGUACAAGGUACUGUAUAGGUAUAUCAUGCCGCAUAGAAUCAUUACCUCAUUGCACUCUCAGAAACUUUUCAAUCUUUCAUUUGCAUCGUAUUUGGAACCUUUUAAACAUGUUUAAGGUUCUUUCAAGAGCAGAAAAGGGUUUUGAGUGGUACAUUAUGGUGUUAAGAACCCAAUAGCCUAGUUUGUAUAAAAGCUAUAGAGAUUUGGUAAGGUUAUUUGCACCACCAAACCCCUAUAGAUUGUAUAAAGAACCUUAAUUUGUUCUAAAAUACGCUUCUAAAGGACUGUUUAGAAGGUUUUUUUUCUGCUUAUUUGAAACCUUGAAAGGUUCCAAACACGGGACGAAGAAAGGUUGUAAUAAGUACGUUUUUUUUCGAAGAGUGUACACGAAGUGAAAUUGUUAUUUAA